AUGAUCAUGAAGCUGCUGGACCCCAAGAAGAUCCCCAACCCCAAGAUCUUGCUGCUCAACCUUGAGCUUGAGCUGAAGGCCAAGGACAACGCUGAGCUCAGGAUUGAGGAUCCCACCAUCAAGUUGGAGAUUGACCUGCUCAAGACAUGCAACAGCGUGAUGGGUCCUGUGUGCUACUUUGGACAUGUUGUGAUCCUGUCUGGCCCGCUGACCGACCGCCACGACCCGCAGAUCGAGCACUACAUCGCCCUUGAGCUCAUGGAGUGCAACCUCAAGGAGCUUGUCCAGUCGUGGCACUCGCAGGGCAUGCUCAGCGGCCGGCCCACCCACUUUCUCACCUGCCAGUACGCUGUGGGAUCGGUGCUGCGCACUCUGGACGACCUCUGGCGGGGCCAUGGCGGUCUCGUGCAUUGCGACAUCAAGCCGGAGAAUAUUCUGGUCGACACCAUGACGCAGAUCAAGCUCAUCGACUUCGGCAUCGCCAAAGAGCUCAGCAGCAACACCACCGCUAACACCACGGGCGUCCUUUCCGGGACCUACAUGUACGCGGCGCCGGAGCAGUUGCUGGGAAAGCGCGCGGUGCUGACCAGCGACCUGUUCUCGCUGGGCCUGGUCAUCCCGUGGCCGCACAAGCUCGCCGCCACGCGCCACCUGCUCGAGAACCUGCUCAUGGCCGACCCGCACACCCGUGCCUGGUACGACCCGAGCCUCGAGCGCAAGAAGCAGUGCCACGAGAACAUCCUGCGCCACCCGUUCUUCUGGAACGACCGCCAGGCCACCAACUUCCUCGUCGCGCUGGGCAACCUCCGCAGCUACGACUUCCCCGACGAACUCAGAUCAUCGUGA